CUUAAACUCUUUUCACAUGCUUCUCUCCAACAAUGGAUGAUUCUUAACAUUCCGAUAAGAACUAACGAUAGAUUUUAGUCGCUGCCUAGCAUACAUAAAUGGAAAAGGGGCCACUUGCUUCUUACCGACCAAAUCGUCACCACCUGAAUUAGUUCACCUGGUUCUUUAAAUGAUUUUACUUUAACGACGAUACCAAAUUGCGAAACUGCCCGUAAAAUGGAAAAUUUUCACCGACACGCAAGUUUGCUCUUGCCCGAGAUAAUACACAAAAUUAUGGAAUUUCUGCCCAUUCCCGAUUUGGAGACAAUCUCUCUUGUCAACUCCACGUGGGAGGAGGAAGCUCUACGACAUCUCCUGAUACGAAAUCCGAUCGAUGUCCAUCUCUGCAAAGUGAACGAUUCCACAGACCUUGUCCCCCUUAGGAAACUGUCCCCCAACCACCUCAACGUAAUCGUGUGUCCAUCUAUGGUGAAUUUAUUGUCAAAAAUAGACCUAUUUACUGCCAUACGUUUCCCCACCGUGAAAAAAUUAUGUCUCAAUAUCUCCCUCGAUAACGCCUUCCGCCACGUGGCAUUUCGCAUGGUCAAGACUUACGAAUCUUUUAAAAACUUGACAUCUCUCGAAUUUCAAUUCGACUUGAGAAAUCCGACCCAAUUAUUUUAUUCGGAUCAAAAUUGGGCCGAUCUACUCCCCGACGGCGGCCCGAUCCCCGAAAAACUGACCAAUUUAUCCGUCAACGUAUCCCAACUCUAUCUCGGUCCAAAAACCGGGCGAUGGGAAAACUUGGUUUCGCUAACCACCCGGUUUCUAACGGUGUUCAGGAACGUGCAGCAUUUCCGAAUGAUGGACCCACCCACUAGCCUGAUGCAAGAAAGGGGUCUCACUUUGCCCCACCUCAAGUCAAUCUGUGUUCUAAGAACGUUCACGGGAAUUUUUAACUUGAAGGCCCCGCUCCCAACAUUUUUGGGUAACGUGACCCGGUUCGAGUUUAAUAAUGAAGCAGGGACCAGUGGAGACCACAUGUUCCACCUCCUCGCGCCACAGUUGGAACACGUGUGCAUUUCCGGGGUGAAAACCAUUUCCCCAUUUAUCGGGACCAGAUUUUGCAUCACCAUUCCGGUUCUGCCGAGAUUAAAAGUUUUCGAAAUUUUGAGACAACAAGGUUUCCAACGUGAUCUAGAACCGUAUUGGUUUCGAAGUAAUCUCUACUUAAAGUUUGAAACGGGGCGGGAUGAGGUUAAGCUAGUGUACGGAGAGCAGUUUCCUGUCUUGGAGAGGUUAAGGGUGCGCCUGGUGCCGGAAAGGGGGAUUCAGCAUAGUUCUAAUUUGCACUUUAAGGCGACCAUGCUCUUCCUGUAUGAUACUUUUUUAGCGGAGGGUGUCGCACCGUGUGGGACUUUGAAAAACUUGGAUAUUUCGAUUCCCUCGGGGGAUUCGGAUGUGGGGGGGAGGAAGAAAAAACGGUGUUUGGAUUGGUGGCGGUGGAAUGAGGGGAUUGCAGGUUUUUGUGGUAGAAUUUCCACCAUUUUUCCGAACGUGGAUCAUCACGUGGUCGAGAGGGGGAAAGUGGCCGGCUGAAGUGCAAGGGUCAAGAAACGCAAGAGUGGUGGUCAAAUUGCGAAUUUUUGAUGACGUAUGUAUUUACCUAUGUAUUUAUAAGGAUUUUUUUGAGUUACGCGACUUGAAAAUGGAUACCUAAACUGGAAUAUUGGCUGACUGAGUUAUUUACAUAGUAUUUAAAUUUAGAUGUAAAUAUAGAUUUACAAUAUUAUUGUAAAUCUCGUUGAUUUAAAAUUUUGCUGGAGGAGCAAUUUAGUAUAGUAUUAAUAAACCUAAAAAAAUGAAAAACCCAGAAUUUAAAAUUCCAUUAGAUGGAGAAAUAUCCAAAUUUUUGACGAAAAUGUUCAAAUUUAACAUUUGGUUGGUAUAGGACAAGUCCUUCAAAAUGACAACAAAUUUUCUUUUUUUUGAAAAUGGAGAAAAUAUUUCCAAGAAAACGACAAUUGUCCUUCAUCCGAGUAAAAGGGUUGUAUUCAGACACGAAAUUAGUGGGGGCCUUGGUUUGGUUAAUUUUGAAUUUGAUUAUUAGGAAUUAAUUAGCUCAAUAAAUGAUAUUUGUAUGUUAGUGGA